AUAAUUGUCUACCUUCUUAAUUUGUUUUUUUAUUUUAGAAUGUACUUAUACGGUGAGAACGUCAUCCAUGCUCAAGGGCAUAUAUAGAUUUCUUUUCAAUCACUUCUGUAUCAGUGCGAUUGGCUUGUGUACAGCGUUACUAUAUAUACAUCCAUGACACACCUGUAUACUUGGGCGGGACAAUUUUCGGAACUAUUGGACCGUGACCGGGCCAGAUUGACAUAAACUAAAAUAAUAAUAUUGUUUAUAAUACAAAUGCGCUGCACGAUUUUCAGUGAAGGUUAUUUGUGACUAUAUCGUAUUACCAAAAGCACGAGACGAUGAUACCAGAUAAGAGUUGCUCUUUGCAAACUGCCUAACGAUUACUUGAAUUGAACUUGUAGCUCCGGUCCCGUAUCAGACCUGUUAGGGAGGCGUACCUAUAUAUGAUCACACGUAAAAGGAUAAACUGUAUGUGUGAUUUGAUCAAUGUGGUGUGUACAUGUGUUAAGCUGUAUAUGUAUAGGGUAUACAGACACCCAGUGACACUACCCAAAGGCAGGGUAGCGGUAUUCUAUUGGACACGGAGUAACAUCGCAAUUAUCUAAAAAGAAAUGUCUGACAACGGAGAAAAUGGAGUCAAAACAAAGUCAAUUAGGCGUGUUUUCUCUAGAUUUUCUGAGAAGACGACCAUGCACGCUGCACCCUAUAUUAACAGUGCCACGUACAUUACCGCCAAAGUAAUAUGGGCGUUCUUAUUGGUAGCUGGUAUCGCUGCCAUGACGCUCCAUCUUUACUACCUCAUCAAUAAUUUCUUAUCGUGGCCAAAGAAAACGACGCUAACUCUAGGCUUCAGCAAUCUGGAACUUCCUGCUGUGACUAUUUGUAACGUAAACCCUAUUCGGAACUCCCAGCUACACAAUACCAACAUAAGGCUACAACGUCUAGUGGAGAAAGUAGACCCCGAUAAUUUUUACCUUCGCAGAAGGAAGCGUUUCCUGGACGCGUUUGACAAUCAAAACCUGAGUUACUACGAUGACGAGACAGACUAUGACGAAAUACAGGAAGAACUAGAACGACAAAACCUUGAGGAUUACGACGAGUUUGAGGGUGUGAGAGACGCCAUUGCCGAAAUCAACCACAGAUUUACUGAACUGUACAUGGAUGAAGACAUUGGGGUCCGGGAGGAUAUAGGGCACGACAUCCACGCCAUGUUAAUUCGCUGUUCCUUCGGACAGUUCUCCUGCUUUCCCGAAAACUUCACCUUGCACCGUUCCCAGCAUUAUGGUAACUGUUACACUUUAGAUGCGAAGAAAAUGAUUGUUAAAGAUUCGGGCCCAGCACUUGGUCUGACGCUUAUGCUGUAUAUGGAGAACCACGAAUACCUAGCGGGGAUCACAGAUGGUUACGGAGCAAGAGUGCACAUACACGCCAAAGAUACCGUCCCCUUCCCAUACCAGUCUGGCUUCUUCGUGCAGACAGGACAGGAAACCACCAUCGCUCUAAAACAGACGAAGAUAGAACGUAUAACAAAACCACAUGGCAACUGUGCAACGAGCCAGGAAUUCAAAGAUUUGUACAAGAAAGUUUAUACAAGACAGUCCUGUGUGUACCUGUGUAGACCGACCCAGAUCGUAAAGCAAUGUGGUUGCUAUGACGACUACGACGCCGACCUGUUCCAGGGAAGCUCCAAGAGGAUCUGUACCAGUAGGCAAGAUUAUGAAUGUGUUUACAGAGUCACAUAUGACAUUAUCAACAAAAAGAUCACGUGUACCUGUACUGAUCCAUGUGUUGAAGACGAUUAUGAUUUAGAAAUAUCUUCAAGGGAGUGGCCAACAAAUAAAUAUUCGUUUCUAAUACGAGAAGCGAUUUGCGAGGAUUCCCCAGUCGAUUGUGACAUCCUUAGAAACUACACUAUCGAAAACCUCCGGAGGAACUUUGUAAAGCUCGUAAUAUAUUACAAACAGUUGAACUAUCAAUCUCUAAAAGAAGAGGCAGACAUAGAGAAUGCCCAGUUUGCCUCAGACGUUGGUGGAGCUAUUGGACUCUGGAUCGGUUUAUCCAUUCUCAGUAUAUUUGAGAUUAUACAGCUGAUUGUAGAAUUAGUGGGGUACUGUCUUUACCGAAAUGAAAAGUUAAAUGAGGAAACCAGAAGACGACAAAGAAACGACCCGACAUAUAGGCGCAAAAAUGGCAAUAGCCGGUACAACGACCGACCUGUGCAUUACGUGACCAAUUCUCGUGACCAUGAUGAUAGGUAUGGACCGCCUCCAUCUUGGAAUUCGUCCAAGGAUAUACCGGAAGUCAGGAUUUACAAGGGGAGGAGAUCGUCGUACGGUGGUUCUUCUAAUGGUGACGCUCAAUACUCACGGCCAACGUAUUGAUACAUAAAACGGGGAUAUUAUUUGAUCAUUUACACAAACAAAUUUAGGAACAGUAUGAACAUGAUAUGGGUCGAUCAACAUUGACGAUGAUGAAGCGGCUGUUGCUAUGCCAUUAAACAUUGAUUUUACUAAUACAACAUGUUAUACUAAUUACAAAGCAUUUAACAAAGUUUAUCCUUAAGCAAAUCCUCUAAAUUAUCCUCGAUUUAAUUUGUGUCUCAUUUGUACAGUGUGUUCUACUCACUGUAAACAAUCAUCCAGUUUAUGGCUACAAAUAUGAAACAUUUGUAGGAAAGGAUCUUAAGUAAAACAUUGAACCACUAUUUCGUUGAUUAUCUAUAUAUAUAAGCUACUUGUUAAACAUUAUUUAACGUUUUUGUUUUCACAUAUACAAUUCAUGACGUCAAACCAGUGGAUUUUCUGGUAAACUCUCGUUACUCUGGAAACCAAAGGCGCUAAAAUGAAACUUUCGAUGGAAAAUAUUAACGAACAAAUAUGAAAUGCUAAAUUAUAUUUACAUGACAAGGAAAAACACACAAACCUGACUUGCUCCUUUGGUAAUUUCUGAGCGUUGGCGUUGAAAUAUAUCUACCCAUAAACGGAACGUUGAAACAUCUUUUACAUUGACACUGCCAGCAUUUGUUUAUUUGUUGGUAUUGAUAUUCAGCUUUAAUACACACGGAGGCAUUGGUGCGUGUCUAUACGUUAGGUUUAUUUUGUUGUAUAUCAGUUGUGUUAUUAUAUACGUAUGUUUACGUUUUUUAUAUGAAUCUCUUGCUCAUAACUCAUUUUUUUAUGCAACUUGUCUUUAUGUAACAUGUGUUCUUUCUAUACGUAUAGCAUAUCAAAUCCGUUCUAGCCGAAUGAUCGACAAAUGAAAUACAUUUUAUUUUGUCUGGCUGUGUGCCAGUAGUGUAUAAUAUAUUGGUACACUCAGGGACGUAUAUACUGUCCCUGGUACACUGUAUUUGUUUUUAUUGACACAGUAUUCAUACUAUCUUAGCUAAAUGUUUGAAAACUAUGUCUCGUUUGUUUAAAUUAAAAAUUUACAUUUUUUUUUAAAUAUACAGGUACAUAUAUAUUGCAAUAUUAUAGUGCCUACGGUGGUAAUACAAACUGAUAAAGAUAAUAAUUAAGUUUUAUCUCAUUUUUUCAACAAUAAUGACACGAGUUAAUACAGCAACUUACAUAAUUAACUCUUAUUAGCGAGGAGUGGUAGCGUGCGGGGAGUUUUAAUGUGUAGAGGAAACCGGAGUACUAGGAGAAACCCCCACGUGGUCGGGCUGGCGAUUCAUACCCUUUUACGUCCUUUCGUGGAAUAAAUACUUUGAUACCGUCAGCAGUGACGUGCCUAAGUCUUUCACGUUUCGUCAUUUUCCGACUGAAGUCAAUGUAAGGCACAUAUUUAAGAUUGGCUUAAAAGGAAUUGCUGCUAAUACUUUAAAGUAUUUCAGACCUGAUAUAGACUUAUAGUCAGAUCCACCAAUUUCACUUUCAGUUGUAUCAGAGGCGAUUUUAUUAUAAUUUGCUGCCAAACGUAACACUGGAAUGUCUUUAGAUAGAUCAGUAUCUUGAUAAUCUUACGGUUUACCAUCAAGCGUAACCUCUUUAUUGACAAAUUUUGAGGUUUACGUGUUGAUGAAAUAUACCGAUUUAUCUUGUAAAAAUCACACAUUAGUUCCGGUUUGGCUAAUAAUAAGCCAGUCUGACUUUUUUUUCUGCUGCUGUUGAUAUCUAUCUUGUUUUAUAUUAAUUUACUGUUUAUUUAUACAUUGAACGCAAUAAAUGGCUAUGUAAACUUAAAGUUUUGUACAAAUAUUGAGA